AAAGAUGGCUGCCUACUCUGGCCUACUCUGGCCUACUCUGCCCUUCGGCCGGUGUCGAAUGCCAGACUUUAACUUUCGGGUCACUGUUGACGGGGAUGGCGCCGAUUCCGAAGACUGUGGGGCUGGUCAAGCUAGAUUCCCUCCAGACCAUUUCUGUUAUGAGGGGGAAGCUACUGGACAGAAUGACAAGGCCAAGGAGGCUGAGAGACUGGGCACCUACUGUGGUCUCCAAAAGUCCUUCCUAUACCCUCCACGAGGGUCUAAGCCCUGCCCUUAAAGCCCUUGUGCCUCAGCAUCCUGCCUCAGUGACUCAGACAACCUGCUUCAGGUGGCCAUGCCUCAGAGGCUCCUGCUGACUGAAGAGGAAGCCAGCCGCCUGGCUGAGGAGCUGGUGUCUGAGCAGGAGCGCAUGAAACAGAAAGCAGAGAAGAAACGACUUAAAAAGAAGCGUCAAAAUGAUCGGAAGCGAAGGGAGCGUUUGGAGCAGGAUGGCAGGGAGUCCAACGCGAAUGUCUACAGGCAGGUACUAAGAGCACCAGGUGCCAGGAGGUGGGGGCUGGAAAAGCAGGCGAUCCCAACUCUGCACCUAUUCACCUUCCCUCCAGUCUGAGGCAUUGCAGAUGGGGAUGGGAGCCCCCCGUCCAGCUCUGGGAGCCCAGCUCAGGGACAGUGUUGCGAGGAAGAGGACUCACUGGAUCUAUCUAGUACCUUUGUGUCUCUGGCUUUGUGCAAGGUUGGGGAUUGGCCCCCCAGUGCCUGCAGAGAAAAGGGACUGAGUCAGGAGCCCCAAGGCAGGAGCUUGGGUCCCCAAGAGAAGAUGAGUUAGGAGGAAGGAAGCACUCCAAAAGAAGAGAGCCCCAGGCAGAGUCAUAAGGCAGAGGCAUCUCUAGGAUUGCUGGCAGCUGCCUUACAACAGAGCCAGGAGUGAGCAGAGUUUGGUACCAGCUUUGCCCAAAAUGGUUUCCACCACAAGGCCAUGGUCCUCUUCACCCAGGCCUUGAAGCUCAACCCCCAGGACCACCGGUUAUUUGGAAAUCGCUCAUUCUGCCAUGAAUGGCCGGGUCAGCCGGUGUGAGCCCUGGCUGAUGCCCAGGUAGCCCUUACUUUGCGGCCUGGCUGGCCCCGGGGCCUCGUCCACCUGGGCAAAGCCUUGAUGGGACUGCAGCAUUUCGAAGAGGCAGCUGCUGUGUUCCAGGAGACUCUGAGAGGCGGAUCCCAGCCUGACGCAGCCUGGGAGCUCCACUUCUGCCUUCUACAACUCACUCUGCAGGACCAGUGAGGAGGAAGCCCUGGGCCGCCUCUGUCAACUGGAUUCCCCUAUGCAUUUCCCCAUGUUGAGCUGGGGCCUUCAGGCCUCCUCUCCCUCAGUUGCCCUGGAAGCACUGCCCCGAGGGCCCCUGGCCUUCUGUCUCCACCCUUGCAUUAUCCCCCACAUCACCUGAGCCACUCCAGCUGGCCCCUCCCCCAUACUCAGAGCAGAAGACCCUGUCCUCUCCAUUUCCAGGACUCCUCAAAGGGCUGGGGCAUCCUGGGACUUGGGCCCCAGCACCUACCUCACACCAGAUGA